GACAGAAGACACUAAAGAAACGAAAAGUUCCUGAGUGAUAAAUUAUAAUUUUAAUCUGCAUUUUACGAAUUGGCAACCGGUUUAUCAUGAUCUGGUUAUCUAAUGGAAUCCACCAAAAAGUUCACAUUUACGGACAAUGAUAAUGAACUUAGUGUAAUUAUACCGGAGUAUGUUGAUCCGAAAUAUGGUAUGUACACAUGGCCAUGUGCCCCUGUAUUAGCUCAAUACAUAUGGAUGAACAGGCAUAUUAUAAAAACCAAAAAAGUCUUAGAGAUUGGAGCUGGAACUGCCCUUCCAGGAAUUGUAGCUGCUAAAUGUGGUGCAGAUGUUAUUUUAAGUGAUUCUUCAUUCCUUGAUGAAUGUCAAAGAAACUGCAUCAAAUCGUGUGAAGCUAAUCAUCUAAUGAAUAUACCUGUAGUUGGAAUAACAUGGGGAGCAUUUGACCCUAGUUUACUAGAGUUAGGAAGUAUUGAUAUUAUUUUAGCAUCUGAUUGUUUCUAUGAAACAAAAGAUUUUGAGGAUGUUUUGGUGACAAUAAGUUAUAUUCUGCAAAGAAAUAAUGACUGCCAGUUCUGGUGUACAUAUCAAGAAAGGAGUGCUGAUAGAUCAAUUGAACAUCUUUUAUAUAAAUGGGGAUUGCAAAGCCUACCCAUUCCACUAGAAGAAUUUGGAGCCAAUAUACCCAACAUCGCAGGAUCAAGUUUACCAGGAAGCCACACAAUAAAUAUGUACAUUAUUACAAAAAAAAUUCCUGUUGAAUAGAAAUGACCAAAGAAGCACUUGAAGGUUUAAGCAGAUGCGUCAAUAUUCUAACGACGACGGCUACUAGAAUAUACUUUUAUAAAUUUUCUAGAUGCUUCCGUUCAUAUGUGAAAGAAUGUUUUCAUGAUAUCACUAGUAGAACCAUAACUUAUUGUCAAUUAAGCACAACUGUUAAAUUUGACACACAAAAUUAAGAAAUGAAUGAUUUACUGUCCUGGUGUUGGCUGAGAAAGUUCACCAGGAUUUUCCAGCAUGGCUUUCCCUUGUCAGUGGUGCAGGACAG